AUGCCGAUCCCCUGGCACCCGCCCCCUUCUGGCCCAUCCCAGCCUCCCCAUCCUUCACCACCUUCCUACCCUUCAUCAUUUGGGACAGACUCAGAUAUCGACUCGGGCAGCGAUAUCUCCUCCGACGACGAGUCGGAGCUUGAUGCCAUGAUUCAGGAGGAGUGGGAGGAGUCGCUGAGACAAUUCGAGUUGGUCGUUUCUAUCGUUGUCAUCCCGUAUUUUGGAAAAUGGUUCGGGAGAAAAUGGGCCUUCUGGGCAUACGAGAGAUAUCAAACUAUCGGCAUAGGGAAGGCAUUUUUCGGCCUUCUGUAA